GUCAACAAAAAAAACCGCAAAACAUUCACAAGCUUUAAAGUAUUUAAUUUAUUCUUGUUAAUUCGAAUAUUAUGGCUCAAUCAAAUCCACCAACUAAUCCAUCAACCUUACUUCCAUUAGAAUUGGUUGAUAAAUGUAUUGGAUCCAGAAUUCAUAUAUUAAUGAAAAAUGAUAAGGAAAUGACUGGAACACUGCUUGGAUUUGACGAUUUCGUGAAUAUGUUACUCGAGGAUGUCACAGAAAUUGAGAAUACUGCAGAAGGAAAGCGAGUAACAAAAUUAGAUCAAAUUCUACUUAAUGGAAAUAACAUCACAAUGCUUGUUCCUGGCGGUUGUGAGAUUCCUGAAUAAACAGUUUAUAUCCAA